GUGAAACAGCUACAAUGGCGCUCGAUCUGCUCAAGCAAGUUAUGGAGUCCAUGAAAGCAGGCAAGAGGCCGCCGAAGUUGCCGGAGGAAUGGGUGGAACUCUCCGAGAGCGAGGAUGCCGCCACGCAGGUGCUCGAGCAGUCCUCCAGGCAUUGGGACCUCAUGAAGGCACAGGCCGCCAUUGCAGUAAAGAACAACCACUGGACCAAGCGAGUGUCACCUCU